AUGACAUACGGCUCACUCCUUCACAAUCUGCUGGGACGAACACGCAAACCGGUUUGGGGCCGCCAGGCGCGCGCCACCAGCCAGGCCAGCAAGGCGCAGCGCGACAGCGACGUGGCGCGUCUCGCUGAGCGGGAGGUGGCGCGGCUGGGGGCUGCUCUGCGGGAGCUGGACAGGCGGUACAACGUGCAGGUUGAGCAUGCCACAGGCUCACUCGACUCCCAGGCGAGGGUCCCUUGGCAGCACGUCGGCCAUGGGACGCGCGCGGCGGACCCGCACCCGGAGCGCCAUGGGCGGCCUUGGGACGGCCCCGAGGUGGACGAGACAUUCACACCCCAGAUCAGCAGCAAGAGCCGCCGCAUCAUGUCCGGCGGGGACGGCGGCGGCGGCUCCCCUACGUUUCUGGAGCGCCUCGCCGCCAGCGAGCGCGCGCGGCACGCGGCGGCGCAGCGGCGCCAAAAGGCGGCCGCCGCCCAGUUCGUCGGCGGCGCCGGCGGCGCCGCCGUCGACCCCUCCGACCCCCUGGCGGCGGGGCGGCGCGCGGCGGCCGACGCCGAGCUCGUCGCGCGCGUCUGCAGCGCGCGGUGGGGCGCCGCGCUUCCCGAGGGUGCGGACCUGUCCAAGGCGCUCAGAUCGGACGAUCUGGGCGGGGCGGAUCUGGCCCUUGCAGUCGAGGCGGCGCUGGAUGAGGUCGUGGAGUCCUAUUCAAAGGAGCUACUGCUGUCAGACAGCCGCAGGGGCGCGCUGCUGGCGGCGCGGGGGCGGUCCAAGGUUGCGGGCCUGGCGGCGGCGGUGCGCACGAUGGAGUUCAUGGAGCGGUACAGGAACGACCUGCGGACCCGUGACGGGCGGCUGGAGGAGCUGCAGCAGCGCUUCUUCGCCGCUGCGGCCCCGGGGCGCACGCCGCAGGCGGCGGAGGCGCGGGACGCCAAGGCCGCGGACGCAUGGUUUGCGCAGUUGGGCUGGGGCGGCGCGAGAGCCGGUGACGAGGCGGGGCUGCUGGAGUCCCUAAUUGUACGCGCCACGGCGGUCAAGGCCGAGUGGGACCGGCAGCGCGACAGGGAGCGCGACCGGCCGCAGGAGGCCAGGACUGCGGGGCCGCCGGCGAUAGACUGGCGCAAGGCGCCCUGGAGCGUCGACGGCCUCGGCCCUCUGAUGGUUGCGGCCAUGGCUCAGGAGAGGGAGGCCGCAGAGGCCGCCGCCGCCGCCGCGGGCAAGGGCAACGACGAGGGCACUGGUGCAGGUGUCGGCGCCGCCACGGCCAAGGGCCCCACGGACUGGCUGGCCUACACCGUGAAGCUGCUGGCCGGACUGCCGGCGGAGAGCCUGGCGCGCCUGCAGUCCGCCAGGAAGGUGGCGGUCUACAGGGCCGUGCGGUCCCAGCGCUUCCUUGAGUUCACUGAGGAGGACCAGAGGCAGCGCGAGGCCAAGGCCCUAGAGACGUGGCGCAGGCUGACAGCGAAGCGCGGGAAGGUGGUCUCCAAGGAGGAGAUGGACGCGUUCUUCCUGCGGCUGCAGGAGGACGGGCAGCGGCGCACAGAGGGGCUGCAGAAGGCGCGCAUCGACAGGGACGCGCGGGAGGCCAAGGCGCUGGCCGCGGCGCGCGAGGAGGCCGGGAGGCUCGCCUCGCGGCGGCCGCGCGCGGUGGACGCCAUCCCCAGCGGAGGGCGACGGCCCACGUCGGCCCCGCCCAGACGGUAG